CCACAUAAUACUGUUGCUUGAAUUUUAUUCCUAACAGAUAUUAAAGUCUGAAUGAUUUAUAGGACAAAGUGUAAAAGCGCUCUUUAUGUCAGACUUUGCUAACUGGCAGCCUUUACCUAAAGUUUGAACCAUUUCAACUGCACUGUCAAAACUAGAAUAUUUCACUGAUGCUGACUUAUCCUCAAUGUGAUCAUUAACUGAUGAGCCUAUCGGAUAGGAUGAAUGGUGUAUUAUUCGAAACGGACCUGGUUCUUUUUUAGGUACAAUACCUAUCGGUGAUAUCCUGAGAUUAGGUAUUGGUCGAUACUGGUAUGGACCUAACAUUCUCCCUGCUUUUAUUUCUUUAUCAAGUUUAUCAUGAGUGACAUAAGUGUUUUCUUCUGCAGAUUUUAGGUUAGGAGAUUCUGUUUCCUUGCGAACCGUAGUUCAAAACAAAACCUUGUGUAACACCUUCUAUUAAUUCUGCUGCCGCUGCCUGAUCCGGAUACCUUUCGAGCAAACUUCUCAAUACACUAGUCAUAACGGGUGAGAAACCUUUACUGGGAAGCUGAAACUUUUGGCUUAUUUUGGUUUGUUCGAAAUCUGCAGGAUUUCAUGGGAUGAAGUUUGGUACACUGAAUACAAGAAUGGGAAUACUUGCAAUUUUGUCUGUUACAGCUCCGGUAGUUGUAAUCGUAACAUGGCGAUUGGCGUCGGCCCUGCAUGUUGGACUGGGGUGAUCUAGUCUGCACACUCUGUUUGGAGUGGGUGUUCAUGAACAUCAGCCAAUAAUCUGGAUAGAUUCUUGCCAAUGAAUUGCUUGGAUCACGUGCCUGUCUAAUUCUAAAAUGUUGAUAAUAUGAUCUCCAACCCAUCCCAUCAUAUUUUUGUGCUGCCCACCUAAUGGUAUGCAUAUACUUAAUCAACUGUUGGUGCUUUUCUGGGAAUCUUUCCAGAUAAACGCUCAUGUAAAUAAGGAAGCAUGUAGACCAUUCCUCAAUAGUGCCAAUGCUGCCUGAAGGUUUUAUCAUAACCUCAAUACCACCCCUACUAUUCAUUGUCACCAUCCCAAUAUGCUGUGAUUCAACAAAUCCUGAUUGGGUUGUCUUCAGAAUAUUACUGAAAUCAAUUUAAGCUGUUAAGCCAUUUCAUCGAUUACGUCACAGUUUAUGUGCACAUACGCGUCACGUGAUACACAAUAAUAUUUCGAGGGACAAACAUUGCAGUUUUUCGCGCGCGUCUAUUUGACAGAUGUUUUGACGUUUACCCGCAUCCGUAUUAACAUGGCUUCUACAUCGCCUUUGUUUAACGUGUCUCUGCUGCCUGAAGAUGUCCCUGGAGCUCAGUUUAUUUAUCCAGACGUCGAUAGACAUUCAGUUGUUCAGCUGAAACGGUGGUUGUAGUGCCGAGGCCUGCCGAUGACAGGAAGGAAGACCGAACUCGUCGAAAGAUGUCAAGAGUGCAUCACAGCUCAGCAGAACACAAAUUUUGCCAUUUCCAUUGAUAAUGGGAAAUGGUACCAAAUAAAGGUUCAAGAUGUUUUGACAUCUCUUAACAGUUCAAGUCCGUGUUCGGCUGUGAGGCAACCUCCCACACCACCUAUCACUGGAUGGAAGGCCUUCCCUUCUGGCAACAUCCCACCAACCUUCUCAUAUGGCGAUAUAUACCAGUUUAUCAUUGCAUCAGCCAGACUACAGCCUCUACCACAAGUCACUCCUAUCAAUGACAGUGAUGAUGAUGAUCAGGACACCACCUUCAGCACUGCAAAGCCAAUGAAGAAGGGACGAGCUUUUUUUAAGAGUGGCCACAUACAAAAUAUUCAGACGUGUUCUAAAAAUGAGUAUUAUUAUCUUAAAUGUGAAUGUCUUCCAUCAUACAGACUAGGUAUGAUGUACCAUGUACAUGUUACUCUUGAUAAUUUUGCAGUCAUCCAGGAUGCAUCAUGUGAUUGUGUAGGUUCAGCCACUGGACGUUGUAGCCACAUUGCAGGAUCGUUGUUUGCAUUAGAGGAUUAUACUGUCAACUUUGGCUAUACAGCACCCUCAUGUACUUCUUUCUCUUGUUCCUGGAAUAAACCCCGAAACAAAACUAGAAACCCACAACCUGCCCACACUUUGCAGUACAGCAAAAAGAGAGCUCCUAACCGUGUUAUUGAUCAUGACCCAUGUCCUGUUGUAGAUCAGUCUCACAGAGCUGACAGUAGUUUUGCAACUGCUUUCAUUUCUACUGCACUUGCCUUGGAUACAAAUACUUCAUGGCAGAGUAUCCCAGAAAUUACUGAUGAUGAUUAUGAAUUGUCUAAUGACUUGAAGUUAUAUCUCAUGGAUAAAUGUGAUGUUUUCAUUGAAAAUGUGAAAGAAAGUAUUUCAGAGUAUGGAGUUGGCCCUUGUGAAGUACCUGGUACUGUGGGUCAAGCAAUUUCUGAUCAGUGGCAUAAUGCCAGGUGGUACAGAGUGACAGCAUCUAUUUGUAAAGACUGUUCUAUGGUAUCCACAGAUCGAGGUAGAUAUCGCUUGUUAUCAUCACAUGUAUGGGGUAUUGAUUGUUUUAAUACUGUUGACAUGAGGUAUGGAUCACAUAAUGAAAAAAAAGCCUUUGAAGACUAUUCAUUAAAAUAUGUAGAAACAUUUACCUGCCUUGCAAGUGGUUUCUGGAUAAAUUCGAAGUAUCCUGAACUAGGAUGUAGCCCUGAUGGCAUCUUACAGUCUCUCAGUACAGAUGUGGCUGAUGGUGUUUUAGAAAUUAAGUGCCCAUCAGUACUUGAAAACAUUAAUCCAACUGAGGCAAAAGAAAAACUUACAAAGAAGCAAUACUAUUCAUUUUUCAGCACUUUCGAAAAUGGCAGACUGAAAUUGAAAAGGAAUCAUAAAUAUUAUUUCCAAUGGCAAAUGCAAAUGGCCAUCGGUGAAAAAUCUUUUUGUGACUUUGUAAUAUGGUCGCCUGAGGGUAUGUCAGUAGAAAGAAUACCCUUCAAUAAAUUAUUUUGGGAACAGACAUACCGCCUCUUGAAAAUAUUUUACAAAAAUAUUCUAGUUCCUGAGAUAUUUGAAAUGAGAGUGCCAAAGAAAGCUACUUCCCUUUGAUCUGUCAAAGUAAGCAUAACAAACAUGUAACAUGAGUGAAUGUCCAUAAAAAAAACAAGACACAGAAGUUAAUGGUCAGUGUGUUAUAUUUACCGGUAUUCACUUCAACAUUACUUUGAUCAUAGAACUGAAUCACAUGAUGUAUGAUUCAGCUUUUUUUAAUACACUGUACAGUGUAUCCUUGUGAGGUUGUCAUGAUUAUUAGUACAAUAUACUUCAUGUGUAAACUUGACAUUAUACUAGGUGAGCUCCAUAUCGUACCACACUUAUGGUGAAUAUUUUUCUAGUGCUGUAUUCAUAAAGAAAGUGAAACACCUUUACGAAUACAUUUGAUAACUAAAAAACACCAAUUUGAGAUUACCGCAGUGUUUAUUUGCCUGAUUUACAACCAUGAUAACAAUAAUGUGAAGUACUGUCAUUUGUAAUUAUUUUUAUACUUCAUGGACUAAGUAUUUCACAAAUGUGGAUACAAGUUAACUUUGAUCAACACAGCAUGAAGAGAUUUUGUCGCAUACCUACUUAUUGAUGCAAGUACAUGUACUGUCAUAAAUCGUACAUAUGUAACGAAGAAGAUUCAGUGGUACCUUCAGAAUCAGGAAGGAGAAAAGGACACAUUUGAGUUUAAAUACAUAAUAUGUAAUAGAAACAAUCAUAUCAUGUAAACAAAACCAGUACUGACUUCCUGAAACAUUUGUUAUUGUUUUCAAGGAACAAGAAGUACUAAGUUGACACAAUCAGAACAUAUUUUUCAUUGUUUAGAGUUUAACAAACAAUUAUGGUGGUGACAAAAUGGUUGGGCUGAAAGGCAUAAAAAAUGUUUUGCAUAUCUACAGUGGUAAUGUUAUUAAUAUUUUUCAUUAUUACUAUUUUCAAAGUAAUAGUUACAUUGUUGGAAUAUUAUUUUAUCAUAAACUAGAUCAGUGGAGACAUGCAGAUACUGUUACAAUUGAAACAAUGGUUGUGAGUGUGUAUUUUUUUUAAUAUAACCACGAAUCAUACUUCUCGCUGAGAGAUACCUCCGUAAUGUUUACUCUUGUAGUCUUGACAUGUCAAUUAUUCACGCUGUACAAAAGUGUGCAUACCUCCUAUACAGAAACUGAGUCAAUGUUUCUGGCCUGUUCCCAUGACAGACAUAUCAAUUUGUACAACAAUACCAUGUUCAAAUGAUCAUUCCAAUACAUGCUGCAGUUUGAUACCUUGAUAAACAGUGAAAUAAUUGUAAUACCUUGUAUUCUAAUAACAGUUAUGACCAGGGGUCCGGAAAAUUUAUAAUCCCAAUCGGACAUUUGCAUUUAGGCCACGCCCCCUUCAAAUAGCGUAUUUUAGUACGACUUUUCACACACAUU